CGUAGAUUUCUUGAUUCAUAAUAAAACGAACGUAUGCCAAUAAUAAUGCUGCAUUAUUAGGUAAAGUUGACUCGUCCAGUUGUAUAGAGAAAUGGUAUUGUUGCUUAAGGGAAUUCUUUUAAUGAUAUCAGAUGCAGGUUUGUGUAAAACAGUUUUUAAAACCUCUUCAACGGCUGGCAAAAUUAAUGUCUCUCCGAUAGUAUGCGGUUUUCCGGAUUUUGCUAUAAGUGACCAGAUAUUGUGAGACGCCCGCAAACCAUCAUCAUUUCUUUGUGACGUCGAAGCGAACAUUCUGUCCAGUGUAG